UUCCAGUUAAAUAUUUUAUGGCUUGAAGUCUAAGUUUUUUAUUUUAUGGACAUGCAGUCAAAGCAUAGAGAUAGUUGGAACAGUCAUUAUGGAAGAACAGGUUUAUGCACGACAUUCAUGCAGGACAAAAUACUUGGCACAUGUGAAUACAUUAUUAACGGAUGUGCAGAAGACGUUUAUACAAAGAACUCCUUUUGGAUGGCUACUGUCCAUUGAUGUGGAAGCCAAAAUGAGUAGGACACUACUUAUAGAAUUGUGUAGUAGAUGGUCAGAGAGGAGGGGUGGGUUUGAAGUUAGGUCUGUCUUUAUUCCAUUCACCAAGUUAGACGUUUGCUUAGGUUUAGGUGUUAGGGUUAAUGGAGACAUGUUUAAGUUGUUUAAAGAGGAAGUUGAUUGUUAUAGUAGAAGAUUGUUUGAUACAAAUGAUGUAACUAUACAUCAUGUUUAUGAAGAGCUUCAAAAGCAUAUAAAAGGGGAUGAAGUGGCUGAUGUUUGUAGAUUGUAUUUGUUGCUAGGGUUGACUGAGUUUUUGUUUCCAAAUAGAGGUGGAAAAGUUCAUUUUGGUUGAUUUGAAUUAUU